AAAAAAUACUUCAAUUAGUAACACCUAAAAAUUUAAGUUUUUUAAUAUACAUUUUUUUUUGUUACCAAUUGAUGAUUUGUAAUUUUUUAAGUUAAUCCAACUUUAUGUUUUUAUUUUGCACCAUUGUACUACUAUCUGCGUCUAUGGUGUAGCUACAGUGUUAUUUUUUUCUGGGGGUACAAGAUUGUAUUGCAUAAAUGUAUUUAAAUUUUAUUUAUUGUUGUAAAGAAGUAAUUGUCAGCUAUGUAGUUAGGUAAGUUAAUUAUUUUUGUAACCAAAAAAUAAAUCACUUUCUUAUUACAAAGUUAAGAGUAUUGCAAUGAGAGCAUGUUUCAGAUAAAUAUUUUAAGGAAUUUUACAAAUAGCUUUGGUGUGAGAAUUGUUGUGUACAAUAUAUAAGAAACCAAUCUUACAGUUAAUUCUGGUUUAAAAAGUUCCUUAUUUGUACGUUUUUAGCGUUGUUUUUAGCUGUUUGUGUGUACCCACUUGUAUGCGUGCCUGUAUUCACCACUAUAGAUUUGGGUGUGUGUCAGUGUGUGCGCAAGCUUGUGUAGUAACAGGCCUCUACGCUUACAUUAUUUAUGCUGGAAUGAGACACAAGCUUAAGUUACACUAAGGCAAGUAGAGCUGACAAAUUAAGGUUCCUUAUACAGCGCUGUAACAGAACUAAAGCUCUGACACACAUCUUCUCACUUACACAGAUGUACAGCUCUAGUCCGAGUCUCUCAUGAGGGCAUAUCAUAGUUGGCAACUAUGCUGAAAUUAUUUCUUUCAUCUUAUCUUCUACUUUGCUGAGAAUUACAGUGGAGUUGUGCAUCUCUUUCUUAAUGAAAAACAGAAGAAUAGAAGACGAGUGCGUUGGUGAGUGUAAGGAUAUAGAAACAAACAGAGGCACUUUAACAGAAGAUCUCUAUUUGAGAUUGUCUACUAGAGGAGUACUGCCCAUAGACCCUGCCUGGUGUUGUGGUGAAUGGAAUCAUGUGGACAGAGAUUUAUUUACUCUCGCUGUAGAAAUCAUCUAUCACAGUACUGUAAAAGACAAGAAAUCUCCACUGAAGAGACACCGCUGACUAGCAUGGUUUUAGAAGGAUAAAAUGCCAGCCAAAAAAGGUGAUUUAAAAUCAGCAGCCAAGAAGGCAGGAAAACCGGAACCAGAAAAGAGCAAACCAAAGGAAGAAGAAAAGAAGGGGAAAGAUGACAAGAAAAGUGGAAAGGAUGACAAGAAAAGUGGAAAGGAUGACAAGAAAAGUGGAAAGGAUGACAAGAAAGCUGGGAAAGAUGAUAAGAAGGGAGGAAAGGAUGAAAAGAAGAAAGGAAAAGAAGAACCACCCAAGAGUAAAGGAAAAGAUGAUGGUAAGAAGGGUAAGGAUAAAGGAAAGGGGAAGAAAGAGGUUAUUGAAUCUGAGGAGGAUUCAGAUGCUCAGUUGAUUGAAGAAGACUUGAGCGAUGAGGAGGAUGAGGAGUCAGAUGGAGACAGGAGAAAGCGUGGUGGUAAAAAAGAUGCUAAAGGUAAAACCGCAAAAGGAAAGUCCAAAUCUAGACAGGCUGAGUCUGAUGAGGAUGAGGAGGACGAAGAGGAGGAUGAAGAUGAAUAUGAUGAGGAUGAAGAAAGUGAAGAGGAGGAUAGGAAAGCCAAGAAGAAAUCAAAGUCUAAAGAUGAGGAGGAUCCAAAGAAGAAGAAAGCCAAAAAGAAGGAAGAGCCUCCACCUGAGCCACCACCUGAAGAGAAGAAGAAAAGAGGUCUGAAAAAGACCUCUAAACUUUUUAUGCGAUUCUCUUUAUUUAAAAGGAAGAAGAACUCAAAGAAGCGACUUAAAAACACUUCCAGACUGUUUCUUGGACUUGGCAGAAGGAAGAGUCGUUUAGUUAGGAAGAAAAGGAGGAAAUCUCUUCUCAGAAAUGCUCCAAGAUUCAUGAUGCGAUUUAAAAACAGCAAGAAGAAGAAAAAAGAAAAGGAAAAAAAAGAUACAGGACCAAAGCCAACCUAUAUGCUUCUUAGAAUAGGGGGUAAUUCUAAACCGGCAGAGAAGAAAACUGGAUUUUUUAAAGGGCUUUUUGGAAAAAAGAAUGAAGGAGAUGGAUCUGCUUUUAAAAACAGUGGGCGACUAUUGGGUAAGAUUGCAGGGGCAACAAAUUGGCUCACCAAGAGGUUCCUCUCCACAAAAGGUCGUCAAAGUGCACAUAGAAGAGAUCGUGAUGGCUGGGGUCGAUCAAACAACAAAAAAUAUCCAUAUUCGGCUGGCAGUCGCCAAACUAGCAUUCGAGGACCUGCAGGGUAUCAAAAUUAUGGAUAUGAACAUGACACUGGAGGAUAUGAUUAUGAUAACCACAGCAGAAUUGACGGGGGUGCAUUCCACAGGCAGUCAAUUCAGACACACUCAAACAGGUAUGGUGAUCAAUAUGCCUCCAUGUAUGGACAUUCUUCAUUUCCACACCAAUAUACUCAAUAUGAAGAACCAAAUAACUAUUAUGACAUAACAUCUCAUGAUCAGGGCUAUUACGAUAUGGAGGAUGAAUACUAUGACCCACACAUAAUCAUGCAGGAGGGAGGUGAAUAUUAUAAUGAUGGCAUGGACUACAGUGACCCGUAUGCUGAUUAUGAGCAGAUGGGCACUUACCCUGAGGAAAUGGGCUACUAUAGUCAACAACUUCCAAUGGAUCCUUAUUUUGAUGAUGGGAUGGAGUACUAUGAUGAUAGUCAGUAUCUAAUGGGGAACAGUUACAGUCUAUAUGGGAAUGAAAUUGAUCCCCAGAUCCAGUUUGGAUAUUAUGAUGACCUUCAAGAUUUUAAUGGUGACCCAUAUAAAAUGGAGAUAGCAGGCGAUCCAUAUAUAGAUCAGUAUGGGGAUUAUGAGGAUCCUUAUUUUCAGGAUUAUCAGGUAAAUUACAAUGAAUCAAAUGUUGAUCCAUAUUUACAGUCUUCUUACAAUAUGUAUCAACCACACAGUUUUCCAAUGCAAGAUAUAAUGGUAGGGGAAGAAGGAAUGUAUGGUAAUAAAUAUGGUGAUAUCUCUGUGGAGCCUAUGCCUGUUCAUGGAGAUAUGGAGUUCAGAGUCCCAAGACCUCAGGUGAAGCUUUUUGGUAGGGAAAGAAUUGAUGUUGAGCUUCCUCCAUUGCCUCAACAAUAUGAUUUUGAUGAAAUGUCAGACAUACAGUAUGAAAACCAGGCCUACCUCCCUGGAACCUCCAUGGAUAGUGUUUUUCCACAAGGAGUUCAUCCUCAGGAAAUGUUUCAUCCCGAAAUGCUUCAUCCCACAAUGCCUCAAGUGCCCACACCAACAGCCAUGCUAAUUAAACAAGCAAAUAAUCCCCAAGGAUUUGUUGGCCAACCUAUGUCUCAUAUGGCUCAACCUGGUGGAUUUCCACCAUCCCCAACACCAAGCAGAAGGUCUGUAGCAGGGAUGGCUUCCCCUCUGCAUAUGCCUAUGGCACCCAUGACACAUAUGACACCUAUGGCAAGUUUUGGAGAACCAGUAAUGGAAAUUAGACGUUCCCCUUUACCUGUACGUAGGCCGACCCCCCAUGCCUCUCCACAGCUCUCAAUGCAUCCUGCUGGUGGACCUCCUUUAAGAAGAGCCCCAUCUCCACAGCCCUCUGUGCGUGGAAUUGGUGGCAUGGAAGCACCUUUAUCCCCCAGACUAACCAGAGGAAUGUCGCCUUCAGUAAGUCAUGUUCAGCACCCUCCCUCUCCUCUUGGGCGCAAAUUGAGUCCAUCUGUUUCCCCAGUAGUUUCUAGACGUUUGCAGCCUCAGUCUCCAUUCAGAGAGUCUCUGCCUCCUUCUCCGGCAGUUCCUAGACGUUUGCAACCUCAAGCAUCCUUUAGAGAGGCACCACCAUCUCCCCAGCCUCUGCCUGGCCGUAUGCCCUCUCGAGCUUCAUCACUCCAAACCAGUCCACCAGCUUCACCUCAUGCAUCUUUUCGGAGAAAAAGCCCACCACAAUCCCCUCGUGCCUCAAUUAGAAGGCCCAGUCCACCCUCCUCCCCUACACAAGUUAAUCGACAAUUUGGUGCUAAGAAGUUUCAAGCUUCCCCAUCACCUCCUAGACACAUAAGUCCCCCAUCUUCCCCUCAGAUGGGUGUGCACCCUAUGGCCACUGUUCAGCAGAGGAAUCUUUAUAGACCACAGUCGCCAUUUAUGGCUCAGACAGCAUCACCUACUCCCUCCCGGAGAAGUUUUACUAUGGACCCACAGUCCCGGCAACCACCAGUGGAACGUCGAUCCCCCUCUCCUUCCCUCUCUCGCAGGUCCACUCGCCUAAUGAAGGAUUCCCCACCUUUUGGCUCUCCUGGAGGCCGACUGCGAGGAAGAGGCCGCCAAAACAUCCCCAUGGGAGCUGUUAAACCAUAUAGGGGCAGAGGUGGUCAUUCAGGAGCUCCAACACAAAAUGUGCCUCCAUUUAGAGCAUCCAUAAGUAGUAACAGGUCAUUGAUAGCACAGGACUUAACAGCCUCCCCACAACUUUCAGGUCAAUACGCUGGAAUGGGUGUAAGGGAACAGAGACAUUUCAGUCCUCCAGGAACACCUGGUUCAAUAAGACAUCCACAGAGACCUAUUGGCCGUGGCCGUCCACUUAUGGCCAGACAAUCAUUGAGGCGUGCACCUGGCAUGAUGCCACCUUCACCACAACCUUCUCAAAAACACAUGCCGCCUCCAUCACCUCAGCCUUCCAUUAGACAUCUCUCCAGACCGGUGUCUCCUCAUCCAUCUAUGAAGCAUGGCUCCCCAUUACCAAUGCGUUCCAUUUCCCCCAGGGCUCUGCAAAGCCCUCAGAUAUAUGAAACUCCUUUGCCUAUUGGUGCAGAGCCAAUUCUGGUUGACUUUGAUGGUGUCCCACAAUCAUCAAUGCCGUCAAGUGGUCUCCAAAAUCAAAGUGUUCGUAAUGCCCCAUAUGCCUUACCAGUCCAACAGCCCAUGUCACCAUAUGCUAGUGAGUCUAUUAAUGUUCAACAGCUUCCUGGACAACCAUUUUCAUCACUUUCUCCCCAAAGUCCUAAUCGAAUAAAUGCUGCACAUGACUCCCAACUGCAACCAGUAGCAUCGCCAUACUAUCAUGAGAUGGGAUCCCCAUUUCUGUCGGAUGCCUUACAAAAUCCUCAGCUUCAAGAAGCUUCUUACGCAUCCCCACUGCACAGACCAGGCUCAUCUUAUGCUCCUGAAGUGGCACAGUUUGGUGAGAUCCCUGAACAACCAUCUUUCUCUGCUCCACGUGUGAAUGAAAUAGAAGCAUUUGAACAAAUUCCAGGUCAGCCAGUUUCACCUUUGCUGUCCAACGCUAUUCACAAUCCCCAACUUCGUGAUGCAACAUACAAAUCAUCCCUUCAGAGACCACAUUCAUCGUACUCUCAGUUGGUAGCAGGCUAUGAUUAUAUUGAAGAGCCAGUUCCUGGUCCAAUGCUCUCCAAUGCUCUUCAAAAUGCAGAUGUCCGCAAUGCUUCUUACCGGACACAUUUACGUCGUAGGAGAUCCAGUGUUCCUCCUGGCUAUGGUCCAAGGAGAUCUCCAGUUCUUUCAUCAGCUUUGCAGAACCAAAACAUUCGUAAUGCAUCAUAUAGGUCCCCUGUUCAGAGAAUGGUCUCCCCUUAUUCUCCUAUUUCAGGCUAUGGACAGGACCCUAGAACGUCUCCUAUUCUGUCUCAUGCCUUAGACAACCCCCAACUACAAAGUGCUACUUACCAGUUGCCUGAUGGUACAUUGGUUUAUGGAAAUCGGGGAUUAAAUACAAACUCUUCCCCAAUGCUUGCUGAUGCUAUGGGAAAUUCACAGCUACGGAAUGCUUCAUAUAGGCUUUCUUCUGGGUCUAUAAUGGACCCACGACAGCAGAGGCCUUUGUCGCCAAACCUCUCAAAUGCUUUGCAGAACCAAAACAUAAGAGAUGCCUCGUAUAGACUUCCAGAUGGGACAAUAAUAUACCAAGACUCUCAUCUGCAGCAACCUUCAUCUCCAAACUUAUCCAAUGCCUUGCAGAAUCCAAAUCUGAGGAAUGCAACCUACAGACUUCCAGAUGGAACAAUAAUGUACCGAGACUCUCGUGCACAACAACCUGCAUCUCCAGACUUGUCCAAUGCCUUGCGGAAUCCAAAUCUGAGAAAUGCAACUUAUAGACUGCCAGAUGGAACUAUUAUAACUGCAGGACUCAGGCAACAUCGCCAAACUUCACCAAACCUAUCACGUGCACUUCAGAAUGAGAGCCUUAGAAAGGCAUCAUAUAGACUGCCAGAUGGCACAAUAUUACUGGCUGAUCAGCAACCAACAUCACCAAAUCUGUCCAGGGCCCUCCAAAACCCAAACCUUAGAAAUGCAACUUACAGACUGCCAGAUGGCACAUUAAUAACACCAGACUAUGGGCUGUCCAAAUCUACCUCACCAAAUUUAGCAGAGGCACUUCAGAACCAACAAAUGAGAGGCGCCAGUUACCGUUUACCUGAUGGGUCAAUUUUGAAUGCACCAGGUUACAAUGAAGUUAGGUCCCCUAAUUUGGCAAGAGCUCUGCAGAAUCAGGAUAUUCGCAAAGCUACCUACAGGUUACCUGAUGGUUCCAUAAUUAGUGCUGAUGCAAGUUAUAAACCCACAAACCCAACUUUGCUCUCUGCUCUACACAAUGAGGAUAUGAGAAAUGUCUCAUAUAGACUUCCAGAUGGAUCAGUAAUUUCACAAGCUCUAUACAAACCAAGAAGUCCAAACAUUUCAAAUGCCUUGCAGAAUGAAAACCUUCGCAAUGCUACUUACCAGCUACCAGAUGGAUCAGUAAUAGCACAAGCUCUACACAAACCAAGAAGUCCAAACAUUGCAAAUGCCUUGCAGAAUGAAAAUCUUCGCCAUGCUACUUACCGGCUACCAGACGGAUCUAUUAUAUCUGCAUAUCCUCUAAGAACUCCAAACCUCUCACAAGCACUUCUAAAUCAAAACCUUCGCAGUGCUAGAUACCGAUUACCUGAUGGGUCAGUCCUUACUCAGGGAUUUCAUGUCCCCACUUCCCCAUAUUUAAGGGAUGCUCUAAAUAAUCCUAAUCUGAGGAAUGCCUCUUACCAGCUACCUACAUCCAUCUCCACAUAUCUGACAUCAUCUGGAGAGGUGGUUAUUGGACCAGAUGGACGAUAUGCUGUGGUUCCACCACAGCGAAAAGGGCCAGUUGGGCCAGAAGACCACUGGGCUCAGAAUUCCAGAGAGGGGCAAACUGCAGAGGAUUUGUGGGCUUCAGAAAAGGUCUUGCCUCAUGAUACAGUACAGAACCUCAUCAAAUGGUCUAUGUACCGUGAUGAAAAAAUGAUGGAAUUUCUUGCCCCCCCACCCACUGGUUAUAAACCAGGGGAGACUGAGCUGCAGUGGGUACCAGAUCGUGAAGGGGAGCCAAAAGGCCGGUGGUAUGACAAGAUGUAUUCUAUACGGAGCUUGCCAACGGUAAGAUACAGGGAGAAAAGGGAAGGCGAUGGAGCUGAGGACAUGACACAAAUGGAAGAGCUGACUGAAGCGGCAGUAUUGAUAAACUUGAAGAUUCGCUUUGACCAAGGCCUUGUCUAUACAUACAUCGGCAGUAUUCUGGUAUCAGUGAAUCCAUAUCAGCUGUUUAACAUCUAUGGCACAGACAUGGUUCUUCAGUAUGAAGGUCAUGGCUUAGGAGACAACCCACCUCAUCUAUUUGCCAUAGCAAACAUAGCCCACACGACAAUGAUGGACGUCAAGCGAAACCAGUGCAUCAUUAUCAGUGGGGAAAGUGGUUCUGGUAAGACGGAGGCAACCAAACUGGUUUUAAGGUACCUCACAGCUAUUCACCAUAGCAGGAACGUUACACAGCAGAUUGAGAUUCUGGAGGCAACUCCUUUGUUGGAAUCAUUUGGGAACGCUAAGACGGUCCGAAAUGACAACUCCAGCCGCUUUGGAAAGUUGGUGGAGAUCUUUAUGGAGGAAGGGGUAAUCAGUGGUGCCAUAACCUCACAGUAUCUACUGGAGAAGUCCAGGAUCGUUUUUCAGGCCAAAGAUGAGAGAAACUACCACAUCUUUUAUGAGAUGUUGGCUGGACUUCCUACGCACAUGAAGCGAGCGUUCUACUUACAGGAAGCUGAAACCUACUUCUACCUGAACCAGGGUGGUAACUGUACGAUCUUCGGGAAGGAUGAUGGAGAUGACUUUAGGAGAUUACAGAGUGCCAUGGACAUUCUCAACUUCAGUGCUGAGGACCAAAGCAGCAUCUUCAGAGUGCUGUCGUCCGUUCUGCACCUGGGAAAUGUGUUUUUCCAUAGAGUCGAGUCAGAAGUUCAGGAGAUGGCUGGUGUAGUCAGCACUCAGGAGAUUCGUGUGGUGGCUGAUCUGCUGCUGAUUUCUCCCGAGGGUCUACAGAAAGCCAUUACCUUCAAAGUGACGGAGGCAAUGAGAGAAAAGAUAUACACACCCCUCACAGUGGAAGGUGCUGUGGAUGCCAGAGAUGCAGUUGCCAAGAUCCUUUAUUCCUUGCUCUUUCACUGGCUGACGGAGCGUAUCAAUGGACGGGUUUACCCAAGAAACGAAGCACUGUCCAUAUCUUUGCUGGAUAUAUACGGGUUUGAGAAUUUGACAUUCAACAGCUUUGAGCAACUCUGCAUCAACUAUGCCAAUGAAACGCUCCAGUUCUUUUUUACCAAAGUCAUUUUCAAACAGGAACAGGAGGAGUACAUUCGGGAGCAAAUUAGCUGGAAAGAAUUGACCUUCACUGACAACCAUGCAUGCAUAGACCUUAUUUCUGCAAAGCCUCAUGGGAUCCUUCGCAUCCUUGAUGACCAGAGUGGCUUUCCACAGGCCACUGACCACACCUUCCUUCAGAAGUGCCACUAUCACCAUGGAGAAAACCCCCUCUAUUCAAGGCCAAAAAUGCCACUUCCAGAAUUUACUGUGAAUCACUAUGCUGGUCGUGUAACUUACCAGGUGCAGAAAUUCCUGGAUAAGAAUUACGAUCAAGUUCGACAGGAAGUACUCGAUCUGUUUAUGCAGAGCCAGAACCGAAUAGUGUCUAAUCUCUUCAUAAAGCAUGCUGAGAUGCUGAACAAACAGAAAGGGGCAAUGAACAGGAGUAGCACAAUAACUCGAAGAUAUCAGCCAUCAACUGUGGCUGCCAAGUUUCAACAAUCGCUACAAGAGCUCUUGGACAAGAUGGAGAGGUGCAACCCAUUUUUUGUGCGAUGCAUGAAGCCAAAUAAUAACAAGGAACCCGGUAUAUUCGAUCCCGAAUUGGUUGCUACCCAGCUCAGAUAUUCAGGAAUCCUGGACACGAUCCGCAUUAGGAAGGAGGGCUAUCCAAUCAGAAUGCCUUUCCAUAAAUUCUUAAACAGGUACAAACCCCUACUAGGAUUGAAGAAUCCACCGCCUCCAGAUGGGGAUAACUGUGUGUUUAUGCUAAUGAAGCUCUGCCCAGUCAACAAAGGGGAUUAUCAGGUGGGCGUGUCAAAACUUUUCCUAAAAGAGAAUGUGUAUCAGUUAUUGGAGAGUAAACAUGAUCGGAUGAUGCAUGUGGCCGCGCUCACCCUUCAGCGCUUCGUACGGAUGAUUUUUACACGCAGAAAAUUUCUCAAGUUUCGUCAGGACAUGACAUACCUGCAGGCCCGCUGCAAGGGUUACCUGGUCAGACGGCGAGUUCUGCAAAUGCGUCUUACCAUGAUCAAGUUACGGUCACCGGUCAGAGUCAUUAUCAAUCGCAAAAGAUACAUCAGGGAUCACCUCCUCAUGGCAAGGAGAGCAGAGGAGGAGAGGAGAAGAAUUGAACUGGAGCGAAUAAGCAGGGAGGUGGUAAAUGUAUCACAGCUGGUGAUUCCUGCAGAGUUGGGAGGAUUGUUACAAGCCACAGCAGCUGGUCGGGAGCGUCAUUCAGAUUGCUUGGCUCUCGUUCAGGCUCCUAGAAUACAAUCAGACCAUCAGCUCACUCUUCCAUUGGACAUCAACAACCACCUGAUGACCAAAUAUAUACGUACACAUUUUAGGGAGCUGCAGUUCGGGAUGGUAACGGCACCGUUGGAGAAUUCGCUGACACGUCUAGAAGAUGAUCUGAAUUAUGAUGCUCUUGAUGUGUUUAUACUGAUCUUGCGUUUCAUGGGAGAUCCAAACCUGAACGGUGCUCAAGAAAACCUCUUCGGGAAUUACAUCAUUCAGAGAGGCCUUGCAACUCCACCAAUCAGAGACGAGAUCCUAGCACAGAUAGCCAAUCAGGUGUGGCGGAAUGAAAACAUCAGAAACGCAGAGAGAGGCUGGUUGUUGAUGGCCGCCUGCUUGAGUUCCUUUGCGCCGUCUGAGAAGAUGGAGAAAUAUCUACUAAAAUUUGUGUCAGAUUAUGCUCUGAAUGGCUUUAAGGCACUGUGCCAACACAAGCUCCUUCAGGCCAUGCAGAAGUCUAAACUGGUGCCUGACGCAUCACGUACAUACCCUCCAUCCCUGCUGGAAUGGACCACCAACCGCAAGAAAGCACACAUGGUCCUUCAGGUCUACUGUUUUGAUGGUGUGUCCCUUCUGUGUCCUGUUCAUUCUUGGACAAGUGGUGAGAACAUUGCUGGAGACGUUUUACAACACAGGGGUGUGUCAUCGGAGAGCCAAUGGGGUUGGUCCGUUCUGAUGAAGGAGCCGGCGCAAUGGGUGGAGUUAGAAGGUCACGAUUAUGUUCUGGAUCUGGUGUGUGACCUUGAGCUGCUAGCAGACUUUCCCAAACAGAAAACCUACUUCAUCAUCUCUAUCGAAGAUCCCAACAAGGCUCGACCCAAUGCAAGCAUAAGUCUGUUUGGCAGUGGUUUCGAUGAGGAUGAGCCACUCUCAUAUGCAAAUCGAACCAGCGCCGUUGCAACCAACAGUCUGCCGAUUUCUGAAAACAAUUACGCUCAAGACUCAGAUCUGUCCUUUGAUCCGUCUCACAAGGGAAUGGACCGGUAUUUGGACAGUCUCUUUGACCCAGUUCUGUCUGAUGGAGCUGGGGACUUGGAUGCAUCAGUUCUGUCAGGCAGGAUGAAAGGUGGAGGAGGUGUAGGUGGUGAUGGAGCUCAAAAUCCUGCCAGGGUCCCUUUCUCAGCCGCUCUACAGCCUGGAGCAGUGAGAGUUCUUCCACCCAUGCCAGGCCCUCCAGUCAUGCCUGUGACACCAGCGCCACCCCCUGUGCAAGUCCCACAGCAAACGGUCUUGGCCCAUCAGCAACAAACUAUCAUCAACCAGCAAGCUGUUAUAAUGGCUCAACAGAUGACCAUGCAGGCAAUGGCAAUGGUGACCAGCCCGGUCUCCAGUCCUCCAUUCUCCCCUCUCACCAGCCCCCCAACCAGUCCUCCACCCACCCCCUACGGCACCCUGCCACCCAGCCCCUACCCCGCAAUCCCACCCAGCCCCUACGCAAACAUCCCGCCGAGUCCUUAUGCCCCGCUUCCACUGUCCACAUAUACGAGUCCUCCGAUGAGCCCACACCCGGUUGUCGCCUCCACCUCGAUCUACACCGCCCCCGGUGGGUCAGAGGGACAGCGUGAACCCCUGAAGAAGAUCAGUGCUCAAACACCCCAGCCUCAAAGCACCAGAGCUACACAGGGAAAAUCAUCAAAUGGAUCUUUUGGAAAGAAGCAAGCCCCCGCUCCACCAAUAAAACUCGACAGCAGGCCUGCUAAAAAACAUGCUCCUGUUGCGGUCACAGGCCCCAUGCGUUCUACCCCGGCUCCUGGGACUGAGGUGGUCAAAUACUCUGUCUCUAACUCCGAGCACAUCGUUCCCAGUCACAACAUUAAAGAUAUUAUCAGACAAUACCAAACACCAGACCCAGAACCCAUGCCACAGAAAUACAGGAGAGAAGGUAAAGGAUUUGCGAAAAAGCUGAACCCACAUGAUGAGGCCAUGCAGAUCCUAAAAUCACAAAUGGACAAUCCUCCUCCUCCACAGAGAAAGGCUCCCACUCCAGCUGCUGUGCCCAGAGACGGAGGUCUCAAACCAAACAGAAGUAGCAAGAAGAAAGCCCCAGAGCCGCCACCGAGCUUACCACCAACCGUGUCCAGAGAUCUUCCAGUGGAGUCUGAGAGCAUACAAACACCGCUGCACAGGAGCAGCAGUGGGGAGCAUUACACCUACACUAAUGUUCCCUGGAGAAUCUACCUCAGGAAGGAGGUAUUUUAUCCUAAGGACAGCUGGAAUCAUCCUCUGGUGUUAGACCUCAUAUUUAAACAGAUUGUUAUUGACACAUUUACAGAAGCCUGUGUUCGCAUUACUAAAGACGAGAGACAAAAGAUGAAAUCCUUGUUUGCGCAAUACAACAUCGAGCCGAACACAAAUGUUCAGGAUGAAAGUGUGAAGAAGACCAUAAUAUCAGCUGCUAGGGAAUCAUGGGAGAUUUAUUUUUCUCGCCUUUUCCCCGCCUCAGGCAGUGUAGGUACAGGAGUGCAGGUGUUGGCCGUGUCUCACUCUGGUAUUAAGCUUUUAAAGACGGUGAAGAGCAGCACCAUAGCUCCAGAUUACUUCAGAGUCCUCCGGCCGUACAGCUACACAGACAUCCUGUUUGUGACCAUCCCAUCUCCGAACAUGCUGGAAUUUAAUCUGAUGAAUGAACAGUUGAUUCUCUUCUCUCCCAAAGCCCCUCAGAUCAAACACUUAAUUGAUCUGUUCAUCUCUCAUCUUAAGAAGGAUUCGGAGUAUGUAGUAGCAGAAAGAAACUUCAUCACAGAUGACCGAGGUCUGCUUAGCUUCCAUAAAGGAGAUAUUAUUCGUCUGCAGGCUAUGGAUGGAUUAGAGGAAGGUCAGAGUUACGGAUGCGUGGUGAGAAAGAAAGUCGUCUACUUUGAGGAGCUAAAGCGAGACACAUCAGAUUUUGGUUGGAGGUUUGGGGCGGUGCAGGGCCGGAGUGGAGCCUUUCCAAAGGACUGCGUGUUUCCCGUAGCUGCUCCUGAUUUCCUGAGCCUGCCAGCGGAGAGGAGAGAUGAGCCGAGAGACAGACAGGGCCGGGUGGCGGCAUCAGGAGCCAUCGCUCUCGCUGUUGGAUCCGCCGCUGCUGCGCAUGAACUAGACCCAUCACUGGAGUUGGAUUCUGAUGGAUUUGGGGAUUUUGGUAGCUCUGAAGUUGAGGGAAACAUUCUUCUGGACAGCCAGUACAACAUGGUGGAGUUUGCCAAGAAAUAUUUCAGAACAUCGAGCGGAAGCAAGAGCGACUCAUUUAGAGAUAAAUCCACUAAAAGCAAAGGAACCAAAGACCCCGCAGAGAUGGUGAAAUUCAGCAAGAACCCUAUCACAGAGUCUCUCAUAGACUUCACAGACCCCAACAUGAACCGGGUUGCAUCUGACAUUUUCCUUGCCAUAAUGAAGUUUAUGGGAGAUCAUCCACUCAGGGGCCAAUCAGAGCAGUUUGUGGUUUGCACCAUACUGAAGUUAACUGGGGAAUUUGGACUGAUGAAGGAUGAGGCGUACUGUCAGGUCCUCAAACAAAUUACAGCUAAUACCAGCACCAAACCAGAAAGCUGUCAGAAAGGCUGGCGUUUGCUUUACAUACUGACAGCAUUUUACCGCUGUUCUGAAGUACUGAAACCAUUCUUACUCAAAUUCCUACGAGACACCUGCAGAAGUCCAGAAGUGCUUUUUCAUGGAAUUGCCAAAGCCUGUGAGCAGAACUUGAGAAAGACCUUUCAGUUUGGUGGCAGGAGUGUUUACCCCAGUAACAUGGAGCUCAAAGCCAUAAUGGCCGGCCGGAGCUCAAAGCGACAGCUCUUUCUGUUUCCUGGAGGAAUUGAAAGACACCUAAAGAUCAAAACCUGCACUGUAGCGCUGGAUGUAAUUGAAGAGUUGUGUUACGAGAUGGCGUUACAAAGAAUCGAGGCCAUGGACGAAAACACCAUUUUCAUAGUCACCAACAGAGGUCAGAACGUGCGGCCGCUGAAUAAGAGGGAGUACAUCCUGGACAUUGCAACGGAGGCGGAGCAAAUAGACAUCAACUACAGCUUCUGGUUCAGACGAGUGAUCUGGGCCCAUCCUCUCAAGUUUGACAACGAGCUCUGCGUCACCAUGCACUAUAACCAGGUUCUGCCAGACUACCUGAAGGGUCUGUUGAAUGUCGUUCCUCAGGGAAAGAUCAGCGACCAGCAGUUUCACCAGUAUGCCAAACUCGCUGCUCUUCAGCACAGAGCCAAAGACAGUCUAUACACACCUACUAUUCAUGAGAUUACAGAGUACAUCUCUGCUGAGAUUUUCGGCAGACAGAAUCCCCAGCAGUGGAUGCAACUGGUUGCCCAGCAUGUACAGGCAGUCCAAAGCCUGAACCCUCACCAGGCCAGAUCUCAGUUUUUGGGAUUAGUGUGUGCGUUUCCCAUGUUUGGAUCGUCUUUCUUUUACAUUCAGAGCAGCAGCAAUAGCGCCAUCUCUGCACCAUGCCUCCUUGCUGUCAAUCAAAAUGGACUGCACUUCUUGCACAAAGACACCCAUGAAGUCCAGGUGAAGUUCCAGUUAAAACUGAUUCAGUCGGCUUACACGCAGCGGCCCAGCGCUGGAUCCAGUUACCCUUAUGUAGACAUCCUAAUAGGAGACUUAACCAACCACAGAGUCACACAGUUACAGCUGGAACAGGGUCUGGAGCUUUGUCGGGUUAUCGCCAUGCACAUUGAGAAUAUGCUGUCGGUUCGUGAGAAGAGGCUAACGCUGCCACCUAGUGAAAUUACAAUGCUGUAACAAACACACAUGCAAAUACACACAGUCUGUUUACAUUUUACAUGAUUUCUUAUUAUUAGUACGUUUUUCAUUGUCUCAUCUGAACUUAACCUCUUAAGGCGAUGUUUGCACUAAUUGUAUGUAUUUGUUAUUAUGUAUUUAUUAUAUUUGGAUAAAUGAAAAGCAUUAUUUUUGUAUUGACUGCAUUGUAUUUAUACAGUUGGAUUGUAAAUUGCAUCGAUUUUGCAGAAAUCCACUAUGAUGGGUGUUAAAGAAAUAGUUUUUGAAAUGUUUUGAUAAAUACACACGAGUUGUUGUUAUUCAGAGUAACAUAAAAUCAAUGUAAAACCAAGCACACCUAAGGAUUGUUAAAAUGAAUUUGUAUUAUUUUUACAUUUUUCUUAAUAAAGAUAUUGAUUAA